UACAUUUUAUUUCUGUUUUAAAAGUUUCCUACCAGGUGUGAAUUUCUGCAAGCAGGAUGUUUUUUGAGUUACAGUCAUUAAAGGUUUGACCACAAAAGACAGACCCAUAUCUAGACAGACUGUGAUCAUGUAACAGUACUAUUUAGGAAGAUGAUUGAAUUUACGUAUUAAUGUAUUGAAGAGGUAGCUUGAUUAAAACUGGCACUAUGAGAAAUAACAUCAGCAAUCAUUUAUAGGUUUGAAAAGCCUUCUGUACUGAAGCACAAGGCAAGUUUAGAUCAUGUGCAUUACAGCACUCGCUUGGUCACAAAAAGCGUUCUGUAGCCAGGGUGACAUCAUAGCUUUUCUCAUCACCAGGACAAAUCCCUGUAUUCUCCUCAAGGGAUUGACCAGUUCAGUUUCUUACAACUCGUUUGUACACAGGCCUCUUGUCUCUUUGCCUUUGCUGGAAAUACACAGAAUAGUUCCAGUGAUUUCUUCUUCUGGACCAACAUAUCUGUGCCUCUUGUUCUCACUGUUUGAGUAGAGCAGGGAGAUGUUUGAUGUAUAGAGACGUAGAGUGUGUAUGUGUGUGGCUGUCCAGCACAGGAGAAGGAUAGUGAUCAGCCCUCCACGGAAACAGCACUGUGCCCAGAUGCCUUGUGGUAGUUACCACAAAGUUACCCUGCUCCCCUUAUCCUGUUGUUAUUUACCUAUACAAGAUAGGAGGAACAGCAGGUCCCAACUGCAGCAAGAAGGAAGCUGGAGAGACUGCACCGAACGACUCUGAAUGUGCUUAGGACCUGAUUGAAACUUCCUCCCAUGUGUUCAUGAAUUCCUAGCAGGUAACUGAGAGGUGCUUCAGUGUUUUGGGUACCUGAUUUGGGCUGCUGACAAGAGACAUGAGGGGUGGUGAUGGGCUAACCAGCAGUCUGUGCUGCAGCAAGGGGACCUCUGUGCUCGUUCAUCAGCCACUUGAUCAGACCUGGUGAUUGUAAGUGGACAAUCCAACAUGCCAGAGAUGGAAGCCUUGCCAAGGCAGCCACGCCCACCGCGGCCAUCACGUCCACGUCCACUCCGCGUCCGCCCCAGCCCUGCCCAGGUCCAGCGCAGCGUGCUGGAGGAGCAGGUGGAGCUGUGGUGGUUCCGCGAGCCACGCAAAUCACUGCUGUGCUACUGUGCCUCGGUGGCGCUUGUCCUGGGCUGCAGCUUAGGUGGCAUAGGCCUGCUUUCUGGAGCCACUGGCCCAUCGGGGGAGUGGCGACUGGGUGCGGGCAUGGCGCUGUGCCUGCUGGCACUGGCCGUGCUGCUCAAGCAGCUGCUGAGCUCUGCCGUGCAGGACAUGAACUGUGUGCGCAGCAGACGUCGUGUCGAGCUGCUGAAGAGUGGAGGGCCCUCUGAUGUGGCUGUCUUCUUGCUAGCCGGCCUGGCGCUGCUCAUCUGUGGACUGGCACUGGUCAAUGUGGCCCUCGUCGCUGGCGCUACCCCUCCAUCCAGGACCCAGCCAGUGUACGAUGACAUGUUUGUGUCUGGGGUGGCGCUGCUAGCUGCAGGUGGGGCCACCCUGCUGGCCUUGGUGGGCUACUUAGUGGCAAACUCAGUCCUGGACAGCACAGGCUCAGGGCAGAGACUGCAGGACAGGGUUAUAGGAGUCUUCACCAUCUCUGGCCAGAUGAGAGACAGACAAAGAGAGACCACUGCCAGCAUGGCCAACCUCAUCUAAGCAAAGAAAUGAUCAAAGUGACACACUGAGCAGAGUUCAGCUUCAUUCACCUUCACCACACAUCCUGCUUGAGGAUUACAAGGGGUAUCAAAGUCUUUCAUUGGUUCAGAAACAGAUGACUUUGAAUGUGAAACUUAGAUCCAUACGAUUCCAUCCUGGUAAAAAAGGUACCAGCCCACUGGUAAAAAAGGUAUCAGCCCACUGGAGGAUUCUGUAUGCAUUUGUCUUGCUUUAUUUAGCUAGACCUUUGAGACACAAUGCUUUCACUUACAGACCUGAUUACCUGCACAUUCGUGUCUCUCAUGUGCAUCUUCUUAAAACAGUGAAUUAUUAAACAUUUUCUAAGAUUUCACUUUAACACUGUAAACUAUUUCUACUAGAAAAUUUACUAGCAGUUGUAUCAGCAGGCAAAAAUGUAAUGCUGAUACAAUAGUCCUUGAUUUAAUAAACACGAAAUGAGAUUGCUUCAUGGUGACUGCUUAAGCAAUAGACUGUUCCUGACUCUCGUUUCACAGCUGGAAUGACCAUAUCACUCCUGCUGAUGUGUGACCCACGUGAGUCACGAAGGCAGAUUUCAACAGUCAUCUAUUGUCCAGUUGCAGCUGCCUAUCACUUGCCAAACAUUUGUCAUCUUCAGGAUCCAUCGCCCUAUAGUGAUGAGCAUGCAAAGUUGCACAAUCAGCUGGAUUUACACAAACCCUUGCGUUUAUUUGCAUGUGGGAAUGCAGUUUGUGUUAAUGAUUAUAUCAGGUGAACGCAAUAGAAACCUACAAAAAACAAUGAAUGUGUUAGUUCUCUUAAGACUCAUAAAAACCAAUGAAACCUUGGGAGGAUGUAUUGUGAAAAAACAAAUGAGUGGUAUAAUUCAUUGACUGAAUUCCGGACACAAUUUUGAUUCAGAUUUUUACAAUAUG